AUGGACAUAAGUCACUUUUCCAAUGCAGAAAUGAAUAACUCCACAAACAUAAGUUAUUUGGAGGACAGAAUGACCCUACCAAGUCCUUAUAAAACAGUGGAGGUUGUCUUCAUUGUCCUGGUGGCUGGGUCCCUCAGCCUGGUAACCAUCAUUGGGAACAUCCUGGUCAUGGUGUCCAUAAAAGUCAACAGGCACCUACAAACUGUCAACAAUUACUUCCUUUUCAGCUUGGCCUGCGCUGAUUUGAUCAUCGGUGUCUUCUCCAUGAACCUGUACACACUUUACACUGUGACAGGCUCUUGGCCAUUGGGACCUGUGGUUUGUGACUUGUGGCUGGCCCUUGACUAUGUGGUCAGCAAUGCUUCUGUCAUGAAUCUUCUCAUAAUCAGUUUUGACAGGUACUUUUGUGUGACCAAACCCCUGACCUACCCAGUCAGGCGGACCACUAAGACGGCAGGGAUGAUGAUCGCAGCUGCCUGGGUUCUUUCUUUUAUCUUAUGGGCACCUGCCAUUCUCUUUUGGCAGUUUAUUGUAGGAGAAAGGACGGUACCCGAUAAGGAAUGCUACAUCCAGUUCCUAUCCAAUGCAGCGGUCACCUUUGGCACAGCUAUCGCAGCUUUCUACCUGCCUGUUGUGAUCAUGUCCAUUCUGUACUGGCAAAUAUCCCGGGCCAGUAGGAGCAGGGUUAAAAAAGACAAGAAAGGUGGAGCCCAAAAUCAGGAGCCAGCAUCCCCAAGUUUAGUUCAAGGGAAAAUAGGGAAACCAAAUAAUAACAACCUCCCAACCAAUGAAGAUGGGACCGAACACAAUAAAAUCCUGAACGGUAAAGCCGCUGGGGAGCCAGUCAUGGAGAACUGUGUUCCAGCAGAAGAAAAGGAGAGCUCAAACGACUCCACUUCUGUCAGUGCAGGUGCUUCCAACAUGAAGGAGGAUGAAGCAAUCACGGAGAAUCCCCGAGCUUCUGUCUCCCAGGUGAACGCGAAAGUGGAGAAUUCGAAACUGACCUGCAUUCGGAUCCUCACCAAGUCGCCCAAAGGAGAUUACGGUGGCCCUACUAAUACCGCCGUGGAGAUUGUUGCCACGGAUGGACAAAAUGGGGAGGAGAAGCAGAACAUUGUAGCGCGUAAGAUUGUCAAGAUGACAAAACAGCCUCCCAAAAAGAAGGCCCCUCCUUCCAGGGAGAAAAAAGUGACCAGGACUAUUUUGGCUAUUCUGCUGGCCUUCAUCAUUACUUGGACACCAUACAACGUCAUGGUACUCAUCAACAGCUUCUGUUCGUCUUGUAUUCCCAACACCGUAUGGACAAUUGGUUACUGGUUAUGCUAUAUCAAUAGCACCAUCAACCCUGCUUGCUAUGCUCUUUGCAAUGCUACUUUCAAGAAAACCUUUAAGCAUCUCCUUAUGUGUAACUACAAGAACAUAGGAGCCACGAGGUAA